CCGGGGGCGGAGCUCCGUCGGGUAGCUCUCCACAGAGAUGGCGGCGGUCUCAGUGCCCGGCGUUUGGAGAAAAGGCCUCACGUGGAUAAUCGCAGGGGUCCCACGCCGAGAAUUUUGGUCUCGAUUCAGAGAACAGAAAAAGCCAGUGGUAGCCGAGACAGUAGAGGAGGUGAAGCAAGAACCCAUCCUGGCGUGCCCGCCCUUACGAAGCCGAACGUACGCACCGCCUGAAGAUCUCCAGAGUCGUUUGGAAUCUAGCGUCAAAGACAUUUUUGGCUCAUCAGCUCCUGGCAAUUGGGAGGACAUCUCCCUGGACGAUGGUCGUCUGAAGUUCAGUUUCUUGGCACGGUUAGCUGAUGACUUGGGCCAUGCUGUGCCUAACUCCAGGCUCCAUGAGAUGUGCAGGGUCAGAGAUGUGCUUGAGUUCUACAAGGUGCCUGUUCAAGACAGAUCUAAAUUUGAUGAACUCGUGGCCAGUAAUUUGCCUCCCAAUAUAAAAAUCACUUGGGGCUACUGAGCAAUUCAGAAGAGGAAUGGAAAUUAUUGUAAUCAUCGACCCCCCUACUCCCCUCAACAAGGAGGCUACCUAUCAGACCUUUUGAUACUUUGAAAUACUAUCAGAACUGUUCUCUAAAACCACUUAUUCUAAUAAAUAAAUAAAUAAAUAAAUAAAUAAAUAAAUAAAUAAAUAUAAAACCACUUAUUCUGUGGAAGAAUGCAUUAUUUUUUUUUUCUCAUAACAUCAUGAAUUGACACAUAACAAGAUUUUCUUUUGUUCACAUUUGCUGAAACUUUUAAGAAAUAGAAACAGGUCAUUAAUAAUUUAUGAAAAAUUUCUUCUUCAGACACUAACUUGGGUUUAAAAUAUAAGGCUAUGGCGUGUUCAGAAGUGGUUGCAUUCUUCAUAGGCAAGAAAAUGUUUUAAUUCUGUCAAUACUCUUAAAUCUAAGGUAGUAUAUAUACAGUUGAGCAAACAGAUAAGAUAUGUAUAAUAGAAAUAUAAAAGUCUGUGGGGGAUAUUAUAGAAAGAUGUAACACUGUUUGGUUUACUGCACAACUAGAAAGAGUAGCGAAUGAUUCUGUUCAUUCUGAAGUAAUCUCUUUUGAAAUUAAAGUAGAUUUCUUGAA